CAACAGGAUCUAAAUGUUCCGACCGACUGUCAUUACUCUACUCCCAAAUACAUCCGUCACGCUUACUCUUUGGCUGCUACCCCUGACAAACUUGUGUCGGAUGAUAUUCACCCCACCCCUAGAGCGAGCCUGACACACACGUCGCCCAGUCUCAACUACGUCCCUGAAUUAGACGCUCAAUUGGCGCUCAUUGAGAAGCUGCGCUCAGAAAUUGUUGCCUCGGAAAGUAGAAUUGCAGUCUCGUAUGAUGCUCACCGUCCGCACUCCAGACCCCUAAGUGCCGAUCUCGAUUCCCGAUUCUCGGCGGCGUCAGCGUGUAAUGUACGUCAAUCCCCCACCGCCGAGACCGGCCGUCCGGCUGAGAAGGUGAGCGUCUGUGUGGGUGGCUGUCCCGUGGAGGUCACUGACACUGCGGUUUCACCGCGGUUUGUUGUCCUGAAAUACGAAUUUCAGCAAGAAUCCAACAGUCGACUUGGUCGAGCUGAAGCCUUGUUGUUUGACGAACUUCGGUUGGCGUACCCUGAAAUCUUCAUCCGAUUUACGAUGAUUUUCUAUAGUAGACGAGAGUGA